UAUUCAGGUCAUCGAAAUCCCGGGCAAACGGUCUAUAUAGCUAUAUUUGCACAAGCCUUGUGGGUGAGAGAGGUGGCAUUUCUGCCGGGGAUAUAACGUCAAUACUCUCGUCGAACACCCGGCAAGUUUUCUCAGAAUUGACAGACGCCCAUGUUGGAGGUGGUGUACAUGAGAAGAUGGGCUUGAACUGACAGCAUAGACACGAUUGCCGUAUCCCAUUUAAUAUUUUUAAACGGUUUAAUAUACCAGCUGGAACUAACAGAAACUUCAAAAAUAGCCAAAAACUGUUUACAGUGCAGACUGUUAAUUCCGAGAUAGAAUAAGAGAAAGAUAAAGAGAGAGAGUCCCUAACUAAACAAGGAUAAGGGUUAAAAUCAACAACCGGCCCCUGGGAUAAAAACACAGGGACGUUUUGUGCAGCAGAACGAGGACGAGAGGCGUAAACAUCCGUAGCGCUCAACCCUCAACCCCACCGAUCAAUGCUUGCGCAGGAUUUCCGUCCUCUGUACGUGCCAACCGUCCAUUUCUCGCACACGACAAGUUAUUUGUGGUCGCUAACCUGCACACGUUUCGCGCAAUCACGUCGUCUGGGUCUUUAACUCGUGGAUCCGAUCGAUAGAGCUCAACCUGUUGGGCACACACCUACUGUUGAGGGCAAAACGUAUCGCAGCAACUUUACACCACUCACUCAUCGGCCGCACAUUCAACGGUGACCAUCAUCAUGGACGUCCAACUUCACCAACCACCAAAUAUGAUCGAACGAUUUUUCGAAAAAUGUAUAACACUCCUCACCAACGCAUGCUGUUAUAUGAUAAAUAGCUCGCGCAUGGGUGCUAGGUUCGUGGCUCAAUUCAAUUUAUGUUUCCAUGGAUUAUACAUCAUAAUUUCUUCUUACUGUUCAUUUGUCGGUUUAUAUUAUCUAUAUAAGAACCACUUAAUAAGUCGCGUUGCUAUAACCCUAGAUAUGCUCAAUUACGAAUUUACAUGCUUGAGUUUAAAUCCAAUAGACGUCUUACAAUCAAUAGUGUGCGAAUUGAUCCUGAUGAAUUUGUUCAUUUAUUUCAACUAUAAACUCCUACUAGCGACAGAAGAGGAAAAUCUUCAAAGCAUAUUUAAUUGGAUGUUGUUUCAUUCGUCGCAUUUAGCAUAUAUCACAUUGUACAUAAUCACUAAUGGAUUGAUUAAGAGAUCUCCUCAAUAUCUGGCUAUGGGCGCUUUUACUAUUAUAAUUUAUUUUUCCUCUAUAUUGAUGGUGAGAAGAUUUUACGAAAAAGAACUCAUACGUCACAAACGUAAUAUUCACGUCACGCUGAGGGUAGAAUAUCCUGCUGUACAACGUACUAACUAAGUUUUAAUAAUAUUAUAAUUCUAUGGUUAUUAAUGUCAUCAAAAGAAAUUUAAUAAUCUAAAUGUAUUUUGAAAACGAAAUACUUUGGCAUGUGCACCAAACUAGAGUAACAUUUUUAGUAUUUAAGCGGUCAAAUAAAUCAAAUAUUAAAUAUGUAGAAUAAUAAUACACUACAUUGGUAAACAUCAAGAAGGACGAAAUACGGUUGUACAGCCCCCUAGAACUAAAAUAAAAAAUUUGAGUGUAAACACUUUUGUUUCCAUAGGUAUAUAAUGAUUGUAUAAUAAUAAUUAGUAAACAAAAAAUAAAAUAUUAACCUCCUUCUCUUAAAUUGUAAACCAAUCUCUUUCAUA